AGAUUUUGAGUCCCAACCUCUUUUUGUCGCCGUGAGGUUUCCACAGGGGUCCCGUCUGACAUAUUUGUCACAAGAGGAAUCCGUGUUGGGCUUCCUGUGUGUUUCAUAAAAGAGAUCAAAAUGGCGGACGAGUCCUGUGGCGAGAAGGAACAGGAAGUGAUAAUGGGAGAUAAAGUGGGAGAUAAGAGUCAAGGGAAAAUAAUGGCAGACAAGAAACAUUUAAAGCAACCUUUUAAUCAAAGCCAAGAUUUCAUCUGCAAGCAGGAAGUAAAAAUUGAGCAAAAACUAUUUGAUUUGAAAAAUAUUGCAGAGGAAGUAUCAGAAGCACUGAAUUUAUCUGAGAAACCACACGAAUGUGAUGAAUGUGGUAAGUGCUUUACUAGACGUGCACACCUUAGGGCACACCUAAUUGUUCACUUGGAACUAAAGCCAUACAAGUGUAAUGCAUGUGGCAAGUGCUAUAACCAAACAAGUUCUCUGAAGAGACACCUAAGGACUCACACAGGACAGAAACCAUACAAAUGUGAUGAAUGUGGCAAGUGCUUUAACCAAUCCGGAGCCCUGAAUUCACACCUACGGAUUCACUCAGGACAGAAACCAUACAAAUGUGAUGAAUGUGGCAAGUGCUUUAACCAAUCUGGAGCCCUGAAUUCACACCUGAGGAUUCACUCAGGACAGAAGCCAUACAAAUGUGAUGAAUGUGACAAGUGCUUUUCUGAAGCUGGAAGCUUGAGGAAACACCUAAUGAUUCACUCAGGACAUAAACCACACAAAUGUGAUGAAUGUGGCAAGUGCUUUAACCAAUCUGGAAACUUGAAAAAACACCUAAUGAUUCACUCUGGACAGAAACCAUACAAAUGUGAUGAAUGUGGCAAGUGCUUUAACCAAUCUGGAUCCCUGAAAACACAUGCAAAAACACAUGCAUAAAAAAACUACACAGGUACCCCAAGCUCACUGUGUGUAUUAAUAAGUUUUUAAUGGUCCACGUUAUGUUUUGUGUGUCCUGGUUUACAGCCGUUCACUUUGCUACGAAAUAAAAUCGUAAAACUCUCAAAAAUAUUCUGACCUGUGUCAGUGGAGUCUUAAAUAUGGUCUGGGUGAAGUUUCAAGCCAUUUGGGCCGGUAUUUCGAGAUGUACGUUGUUCUGUCUCCCCUUGUACAUACAUUUCUCUCUCUUAUUUACACAGUGAGCUUGGUGCACCUGUAAUUGCUCGGAGUGAGCGUAGCGAACGGAGAGCAACUCUAAUUAAGCAGAGGGGGAGUUUAUUUCGAGUUUUUUUGCAUCGGGAUUGAUUUUUGGGGUUUUUGGGGUCGGACGUCAUAUUUCCGGUGAUGACUUAUUUCCGGCAAUUGUUUUUUGCGCAGCGGUAAUUAGUAUCGCACAUGCGCGAAAUGUAUAUAUUGGGGACGGAUUUUGGGGUUUGAUGGAAUGUUGUUGUUGGAAUGCAGCUAAGCACCUCUAGAAUGCGGGACAUUUCCGGUUAUGACUCAUUUCUAUCUAUUACGAACAAUUUUCGGGUGAUAAAAUACCCUGGAAAUCUGGAGCGUUCCCGUUCUCCCCUUCGAUAGAAGUAGACUCAGAUGACAUGAAGGCCUCAAAUUCUGGCUUUUCACUUGAAACUUCCAGUUGUGUCGAAUUGUUAAUUACAAUGUUAUUAUAUCUUGUAUUAUACUCAAAUCUCUUCAUUUUUAUUGGGCUUUUGUUCGUGGCAGCAUUCCUUAAUGCUUUUCCCUUUGAAGGGGAAAAACAUAUUGCCUUUACUGUUCCCAUUAAUCCGUGAAACACUAACUAAUAGUUGGUGUGUACUAACUCUACAGAGCAA